UGGCGCAACCUAUCGGCUCAUCUCUGGAAUGUGCCGGCAUAACAGACGAUGCAUACAAAUUACAUAUGUAUUUAAAUUGACGACAACAAUAGCUGAUCAUGUCGAAACCAAUUACUUUUGUGACGGGCAAUGCAAAGAAAUUGGAGGAACUGGUCGCCAUACUUGGGCCCAAUUUUCCCCGCACGAUCAUCUCGAAGAAGGUUGAUUUGCCGGAGCUACAGGGCGAGAUUGACGAGAUUGCUGUGAAGAAAUGCAAGGAAGCGGCCCGACAAGUGGAUGGGCCAGUGCUGAUAGAGGACACCAGCCUGUGCUUCAAUGCGCUUGAGGGCUUGCCUGGUCCGUACAUUAAGUGGUUUCUCGAGAAACUGCGACCCGAGGGCCUGCAUCGCAUGCUGAGUGGCUGGGAAGACAAAUCCGCACGUGCUAUUUGCACAUUUGCAUAUUGCGAGAGCUGCGCGGCCGAGCCGCAAAUCUUUCAGGGCAUCACUGAAGGCGUCAUUGUGGAGCCACGUGGUCCGCGUGACUUUGGCUGGGAUCCAGUCUUCCAGCCCAAGGGCUAUGAUAAAACCUAUGCGGAGCUGCCUAAAUCGGAAAAGAACACAAUUUCGCAUCGAUUCAGGGCGUUGGAUCUGCUGCGAAAGCACUUUGAAAAUGAGAAAUAAUAAACACUGGGAUGU